GUCGCCAUUCGAGUUAUGGGGCGUUGUCAUAGAAAUACGUGCAAGUAGUGUCGUCGGGUAGUCAGUACUGUCAGCGAGUGGUGGCGUUAAGGUGUUAACGUGAUUGUCGUAAAAUAGACCUAUUUACGACUAAACAUACAGACGGGGAUUAAAAGACUUAAAUUAGCCGGACGUUUCUUUUUCUGUUAGUUUUUACUUUAUUUAGAGACGGAGAAAGUCAGACGUGAACAUGAACAAGAUGACUGGAAAAUUUGUUAUAUAUGUUGUUACAGUUAUUUCUACGGUACAUUUAGUGACAUCCCAGGCGUGUAAUAUGACGCAUGCUGAUUGGUGUGUUGGUCAAAUGGAAUUAGUGUUAAAUCGUGUUGUUGGAACUACUACAGGAGGAGAAGGUCAAGGUUCAAUGGAAGAUCUAUGUUUGAAUACCAUCAAGGGUAAUAAUUUAACCCAGUGUUAUAUUGAUGCUACAGUAGGAUGUCAAGUUAGUGUGGAUCAACAACCAACAGAUACUAUGAAGAAAUGGGAACAAGUCAUGCAGGAUAUUUAUAAAUUAUGUGAUGGAUCCUGUCCCCAGUUUUUAGAACGAACUAUAAAUAUUACCCAGUGUACCAGUAUGAUUAGGUUUGAUUCCUUGUAUGAAAAUGAAUUCAACAUAUUUUGUGGAUCACUAAAUGACAGUUUACGAUGUGCUGAUGCGGUGACAAAGGAAUGUCCGAUGUUUUCUAAGUUAUUUUAUGAUCUUCUACCCCAGGGAGUUGAUUCAACAGCUAAUACUAUCUGUACAGCAGGUUGUAAUAAUUUUGAUGAAGCUAUGGGUGUGUUAGAGAGUUGUAAGGUACAUGUCAUGAAUUUACCAGAAGAUCUAGAUGCUGCUUGCAGUGCAUACAACAAAUUUAAAGAAUGUCUACGAUCUUCUAGUGCUCCUGUCACGUGUCCUAUGUUCGAGGCUUUAAUGGAAGUUUUAUACCCACAACAUAUAUUUGGUUUAUAUGAACAACAGUGUAAUCAAACAUUUACUCCUCCACCAGGAAGUCGAGAGGAGUGUGGUGAGAUGGGUGAAGCUAGAAUCAAACACUGUGUUCGUGUUUUAGCCCUGUCAUGGCCAGCUAGUUUAAAUAAUCCACCUAUUUCUACCAAACAAUGCAAGGAAUAUCAAACGGGUCUCCGCUGUCUGGAUCAUGCAGGUUAUCACAGAUGUCCAUCUUUAAGGAAGUAUUUUGACGAAGCUACCAGCAAUAGACGUGGUUUCAUGGACCUGAUGCAAGGUAGAUGUGAACGUAUCCUCUCUGGACAAAACCGUCGAGGUAGAAAACAACAAGUACAAGCAGGUGGAACAAAUGUGUCGACAGGAUGGCCAUUGAUGUUAACAGUUUUAAUCCUGGGUUUAUUUUCAUGUCAUCACUAGCAUCGUAACAAUUUACAUCUUAAAAAAUAUCUGUAUUUCGUUAAGUCAGGGAAAUAACCUUCUAGAAAGCUCAAAAUCAACUAUGUAACAUUUAGAUAAAGAGUUCGCCAUUCUUGCUAAAACAGUUCAAAAAUAGGUAGUGUAAAAUUGAAUAUUUUAUUCAAACUACUUUAUUCUGAGCGAAGAUAUUGAGAAGAUAUGUGCAUUGAUGUUUAAGUUAACCAAUGUAUAAUUAAUAAUUUAUAUAACAUUUAUAUUAAGUACCCCGGAUUAAACAGUUUAGAUUUCUAAAUUAAUAUAAUUAAUGAAAUAUUUUGUAAAAUUUAGAUAAAGAGCUGACCAUUCGUGUUAUAUAGGGGUCUAAUAUUCACAUUGUUCAAGAAUACCGCGGAUUAAACUGUUUAGAUUUCUAAAUUAAUAUAAUUAAUGAUACAUUAUAUAAAAUUUAGAUAAAGAUUGGCCAUUCUAGUUCUAAUAGUUCGAAAAUAGAUAGAGAACAGGAAAUGAUAUAAAUACAGUAAGAUUUAGAUAAAGAGCCCGUAAUUCUCCUUAUAAUAAUUCAAACAUAGAUAAUGGUAUGUAUUGAACAUUUCGGUCAAUUUACUUUAUUCCGAGCAAAGUUAUGAGUAUUUGAGUUUUGACGUCCCGAUUGUCCCGUACCCUUGAUAUGGUUAACGUUAAAGUAUAAAAUGGCGACGGUGUCUAAUUCAUUCAAUAUCAAGGUCAUCCUAUGAUCUAGAGAGCUGAUUAUGGGCUUGUCAUGUGAAUA